AUGGGUGUGCUCUCGAAAGGCAGUUCCGCUACCGCUGGACGGACAACUUCCUCCACAGCGCCCUGGUGGACGCCAAAGUGGGUACCAAUGUCUUCAGCAUUGGCGGCCACGAACUGCAGGUGGAGUUGCCUGCCGAGAACGGGGGGGAUCCGAGCGCUCUUCUGGUCGGAUCCAUGCUUCUCUUCCAAGUGGAUCACUUGUGCCUAUGCCGAGAAGUUCCAGACCUUUCCGCGCUCUGUGGCCAUGCUGAACAACAUCUUUGCCGAUCCCACCAUGGAUAUGUUCUCCAUCCUGGGCGACAACUUCUACGACCAGACAGGGGAAUUGGCCAAGACACUUUUCAACCAGCUCUCCCUUGAUGUGAAGCGCCGCUUCUUGCUGGUAGUGAACGGCAACCACGACAAUUGGGUGUGCGGCGGCCCCAACUGCGGCGGCUCCGAGGACAACUUCGGCAUCGGGCAAAUGCAGUACUACACGGCCGACCCUGUGGCCUCGCGGCUGGUGAGCGACAACGCCUUGGUCUCGGGGGAGUUCAUGGACUUCUCGGUGGACCCGGACGCCAGGAAGGCAUGGAAGAGCUUCCAGAAUGUGGGCACCAACUUCCUGGUGUACCACAAGCUCGGCAACGUCGGAUUCCUCGGCUUCACAGGGGCUGCCACCUUUCAGGAGAUGAAACCCUACUUUGCAGAGGCGUGCGACUACUUCAUGCAGACGAAGCCGGCAGUGGUGUUCUUGUUGGGCCACUGGAACACCGAUGGAAUGGGCUGCACCGGAGGCAUGUCCGUGCCGGACGUGCGGAAGGAGCUGUUGGGCCUCUCACAGUGCAGUGCAUUGGGGAAUCGCUUGAAGUACAUGGAUGGCCACGAGCAUUGCAAUUACGUGCAAGCGAACACCACCGAACCGGUGGGCUUCAUGAUCGGCGCGCACGGCAUGGAUGAUGGCGAAUGCAAGGCGCAGUACGGCUUCUUGUACCUGGACAGCACGGCUGGCCGGGUGAGGCGCGCAUGCCGGCGUGGCCUCUGA